AUGGACUGUUUUUCAGAGACGUAUGGAUGGAUCUGUUACUUUUAUCUUGAUUGGGUGGCUUACAAAACUGGUUUUGGUAAUCUUAAGGGUGAGUUCUGGCUUGGAAACGACAAUCUUCACCGUAUGACCGCUGCAGAAGAGAUGAAGCUGCGAGUUGCCUUGGAAGACUUUGAGGGUGACGUCAGAUACGCUGAGUACACGACAUUUAAGGUGGCUGACGAGGGAAAUAAAUACCGGCUUCGUAUUGGUGGAUACAAGGGCACGGCUGGGGACUCCCUGUUAAACAAGCAGAGUGCAAAGUAAGAGGCGUAAUAUCAAUAUCAGUUUUGUCCCAUUACAGAGUCCAUGAUGAAGAGCUGAUUGUGCUAAUAAUCAUUUCUAUAACAAGAUUUCACAAAUCUGAUUGGCUAUCAGCUGUCCUGAUUUCAGCACUAAUAGGACAGUUCGGAAUCGCGCGGAAUUUUGUGUAUAUUUUUUUUAAUCAUAAAAUAUCACAAGUUUUGUUAUAAUUAUGAUGAACUGGUAACAGAACUUUGUGUUGUCCAAUUCUGUCCGUAAUCAUACUUGUGAUUAAACUUCUUAGACCGAAUCGGACUCCACUAAGUCCUAGCCUCUGGUGCUAUUAGAGGCCGAGACUUUCAACCUUUUACUUGAAUUCGUAAAUAAAGUACAAAAAGUAUUUAUGACUGGCAUGCAGUUAGCAGGGCUAGUCGAGGCAGGGCAGGGUACAUAAUUACAGUGCUACAAGCUGAAUAAAUACCAAAAAAUUAGACAUUAUAUAGACUCUACAUAUAAGUAUAUAUUUUAUAUAAACAAUUAUUAUUCUACUUUAAUACAAGGGAAACAAUUGGAGUGAAUUUUAAAGAAUAAAGGACAAGAGAAUUAGUUUUUCGUUUACAAAAUAAUCGUCUCUUCGUCAAUAUAGCAGUCUUUAGUUUGAAUUAUAUAAGGUAGCGUUCCUAUUAUUGAUCUUUUGAAGCGCUUUUUUCCGUCCUUUUUACUUUCUUUUAAGAAUUUGCGGUAUCACGCUCCAAAUUUUGACCCCAAUACCCGAGGAAGCAAUUCAUUUGCCACUGAACCAAGAUUUUUUAGUAUGAAAAUGUUCAGAGGUUGAGACUUUUAAAAGCAUUUUACCUUUUUUUAAUCUAUAGCAAUAAAAUGUUUACUACAAAGGAUCAAGAUAACGACGGUGCAGAAUCCAAUUGUACUGUACGAAGUAAAGGCGCCUGGUGGUACAGGAGUUGUCAUGCAGCCAACCUCAACGGACUAUACCUUAGUGGUCCAACCGAUUCAUCGAGCUACCCUACAGGAAUCACAUGGUAUCAUUUCAGGGGAUAUAGAUAUUCCCUGAAACGUACAGAGAUGAAAAUAAGACCUAACACAUAA